AUGAGUGAAAUAGUAUCAAAUAAGCCUGAGAGCCAAGCAGAGUAGCUACUAAAAGCAUAAAAAAAUAAAAAGUCUUCUUCUAAAUUAUUAGUAUUUGAUGCAAAUUUAGCAAAGAGCGAAUUAGUUAAGUAAAUAGAAGUAAAAAGCACUAAGAAUUCUUUUCAUACUGGAUAGAAAUUAUUUUUGUAAGACAUUGAAGGAAAAAUUGUUGUAAAUACCCAAAAAUGUCAACAUUUUACUUUACCCUGCGUUGAGUAUACAUUAGAUAGAGAAGUAUUAGCAAAUUUGCUAAAGCAAUAUGAUGCUAAAUUUUCUGAAGAUUUGUUAAAUGAAACUUUAGAAGUAGGAAAGAAAUUAAGUAUUCUUGAUAAGUACGAAAUUGAAUUAGAUUAUGUGAACAUGGUUAGGGAAGAUUUCUUUAUUUUAAAAUACACCUCUACAUAACAUUUAACUGAACCAGGCCAAGUAGCUGAAGAACCUUUUAAAGAAUUAAUUUAAUAAUAUAAAGAAACUUUCAAGACAGAUUCUAAAUUCUUAGAACAUAUCUUUUUAAAUUCAUUGAAAGAUAUAGAAACAAGUGAAAGAUUAUUGUAAAUAGUAAAAAUUCAUGGGGAUGAUGGAAACAACAAAGAGUAAUCAAAAUAAUAAUAAAUGAUGGAUAAGCUUAAUUUGAUUGAUUUUGUAGGUGAAAAAAUGCUCCAUCUUCCUGUCUAUAAAAAAGAUACAGGAUUCUUUAAUUAUUCAUAAUACCAAGUACUCAAUUUAGAAACUCAAAAGCUCUCUGAACCCAUUCCUGUUGAAAAAAUAAAUUAUAAAAUCUGA